AGAAAAUAUCCCAUUUUGUCGAAGUCCGGGGGCGGGGCAUAUCAAAAAGUAAUGGCCAUCUAUUUAGGGUCUGGCCAGGGGAUUUCUCGUCUAUCAUAGCUAUUCUAUAGAAUUCGCCGUUUGUAGAGCGAACAAGGUAAAUAUCGUAACCAGUAUUACUAGCCGUAUUCGUAAAUUGCAGUCGCGUUCGGUCUGAAUAUAGUUGAUAUAUCGCCUGAACUUGAUACACCAAUUUAGGGUUAACCAGCCAUCUAGCCACGCUAGCUAUCAGUAUCAGCUCGCCAGCCAACAUUUAGAACCUUCCUUGGGCGUGAUAGUUUGGACGUUUCGAGUCGAUCACAUGCGGAUAUUUGUAUAACGCAGUUAUUACACAGUAUCUCAUACCACAAGUCAACAUGGGAAUGAAUUUUUUUUCAAGAGAUUGACGACGACAAACGGAUUAAGGGCAACUUGGUAUUGGAAAAAGUUGUACGCAGGAUUAAAGAUAUCUUUAUGGUUAAGAAGAGAGUUGCCAAGUCUUUAUCACCCAUCAACAAACAAGGGCAUGCCAAAAUCUCAGUAAUGGAGACUACGGCUGUGAGUACCACCACUCUGGCCAAUGAUGAGUUUGACAGGAACGUGCCGCGGAUCUGCGGUGUGUGCGGGGACAAGGCCUCCGGAUUCCACUUCAAUGCCAUGACCUGCGAGGGCUGCAAGGGCUUCUUCAGACGCAGUAUGAAGCGCAAGGCCAGCUUCACCUGUCCCUUCAACGGCAGUUGCACCAUAACCAAGGACAACCGCCGCCACUGCCAGGCCUGCCGGCUCAAGCGCUGCGUGGACAUCGGCAUGAUGAAGGAGUUCAUUCUGACAGACGAGGAGGUGCAGAGGAAGAAGGAUCUGAUCCAACGGAGGAAGGAUGAGGAGGCGCAGAGGGAGGCGCAGCGACCCCGGCUGAGCGAGGAGCAGAGCCAGGUCAUCGCCACGCUGGUGGAUGCUCACCACAAGACCUACGACGACUCCUACUCCGACUUCAACCGCUUCAGGCCUCCGGUCCGAGAAGGCCCAGUGACACGCAGUGCCAGCAGAGCUGCCUCUCUCCACUCUCUAUCUGAUGCAUCAUCUGACUCCUUCAGCCACUCUCCAGAGUCGGUGGACACUAAGCUGAUGAACUUCAGUAACCUCCUGAUGAUGUACCAGGAGCAGGGGGGAAGCCCGGACUCCGACGACGACGGCUCCAAGCUCUCCAUGCUGCCCCACCUGGCCGACCUGGUCAGCUACAGCAUCCAGAAGGUCAUCGGCUUCGCCAAGAUGAUCCCUGGCUUCAGGGAGCUGACGGCUGAGGACCAGAUUGCCUUGCUCAAGUCGAGUGCCAUCGAGGUGAUAAUGCUGCGCUCCAACCAGUCCUUCAACCUGGAGGACAUGUCCUGGAGCUGCGGAGGGCCCGACUUCAAGUACUGCGUCAACGACGUCACUAAAGCGGGCCACACUCUGGAGCUGCUGGAGCCUCUGGUCAAAUUCCAGGUUGGCCUGAAAAAACUUAACCUCCACGAGGAGGAACACGUGCUGCUCAUGGCCAUCUGCCUACUCUCCCCAGACCGUCCGGGCGUGCAGGACCACGGGCGCAUCGAGACCCUGCAGGACCGUCUGUCGGAGACGCUGCAGGCCUACAUCCAGCUGCACCACCCGGGCGGCCGCCUCGUGUACGCCAAGAUGAUCCAGAAGCUGGCGGACCUGCGCAGCCUCAACGAGGAGCACUCCAAGCAGUACCGCUCGCUGUCCUUCCAGCCCGAGCACAGCAUGCAGCUGACCCCGCUGGUGCUGGAGGUGUUCGGCAGCGAGGUCUCCUAAAUUAACACUUUUUGGUGACCUUUGAUGGAGGUGGAUGAGGUGGACGAAAGGUCAUAGGAGAGGUGGGAGGAGAGUACGAGGUGGGAGCUAUAGGAAUGUGGUUAGACGGACUGUGGAUGGUGUGAAUGUAAGUGUGUGAGUGAAGGUGCGCGUGUGUGUUGUGAGGGAGGGGGGAGGGGUGGGGGUAAUAGAAGUGUGUGUGUGUGUGUGUGUGUGUGUGUGUGUGUGUGUGUGUGUGUGUGUGUGUGUGUGUGUGUGUGUGUGUGUGUGUGUGUGUGUGUGUGUGUGUGUGUGUGUGUGUUAGAAAGUCGCCUGCCGUGUGCAUGUGUGCGUGAGGAGCUUCGGUAGGUCAGGUCUGGGACUGGGUACCUGAGAAGCUGUUGACUGGAACAUGCAAAGCGAUGGGGAGCGAAUGAUGCAAACAAUGGAAUUUACUUCAGAACCAUACAUACAUGGAACUUCUGCCAAUAUUUGCCAUGUACGCUUACCUUGGUAUUUAAGAGACAGUAUAUUGCCAAACAGUAUUGCGUCUUGUGUGCCGGUAUAUACAGUACACCGUGUGCUUUUUGUGUGUGUGUCAUGCAAGUGCUGCUUUUAUGCAUGGCGGUGUAUGAUCACUCAUACAUAUGAUCACACACAUACACACACACACGUAAGGACACUCACUCACUUAUACAGUUAGCCAAUAUGUUGGAGCUACCUCUGAUUUUCACCUCUCUCAGUUUUUGUAUUCAGAAAUACACACAGCAUAGAACCUUCAAAAUGCAUGCUAACAUUUCAAUCGUGGAUAGCUAAUAGAUACUAGGUCCUCACUGGAGCGAAAACAGUGCCUGCAAAAUAUUUCCACGUGUUUCUCUCAUCCUUUCUCCGGUUAUUCUGCUCAAUCGCUUCCCUCAAGGGCAAGUGUUUGAGUGUACGUAUACGCCGCAAAACACACGUCCUUCACCUCUGCCGAAGGUAUUGUCAACGCUCUCUAAGCUUCCAAGCUUCUAGUGUAGCCACAUGAUGCCUUUUAUGUGCACACUCACCAUUUGUGCUAGCUUUUGCUAACUAGCUUCUAGGAAUUGAUGAAGGAAAUGUGUAUACUCUGAAUAGAUUCAUACAGCCUACAGAAUAUUAUCUGUAACCUGGAAAUAGUUUGGUUGUGGAAUAGUGUGUGGGAGCUUUGGCUGUUUAGUCACUAAAACAAGCUGUCAAUCAAACCAAGCCAGAGCGCUGGUUGGUUGGUUUCUUUCUUUUUGGGGGUUGGGGGGGGGGGGGGGGGGAUUAUGAUAGCUCUAAAUAGACUUAGCUACAACUUCUAUGUAUCACGAACACUGCUACCUGUACUCAAGCGUAUCUAUUAAUAUAUGUCUAUAUUCAAGUUAUACCACCGUUUUUAAAGGGCUACAAUGCCAAACUCUGACUGGAAAUGCAUAGUUAGGCCGGUUACUCUACUGUCCACGUCUUUUUGUAUUAUAGCCACAAACCAUGCAAGUUAUCUGGACAGGAUCUUAAAACAAUUCCAUGAAUUGUUCAUUUUUUUCUCCUCAAAUGUACAGUUUUUAGUAGGUGGAGUGUUUCAAAGCUGCUUCUUCACAGAUAUCACCCCUUUCGUUUCCAACUCGGAAGUGGAAUUUAUUUGAAAAGAAUGUCUUGAGGACUCGGAUGGACCGUUUUCUGUUUAGUUUUUUGACACGUCCGAGUCCUCCGGUGUUGUAUGCUGCUCAGCCCUCCAGUGGCUGCAUCCUGUAAAUACUACGUAUCGAUACAAUGACCCCGCAGCUGUACAUAGGGCUACAUAGGUAUUACUACUACUAACGCUCAGUAAGGAAAUUCUUGGAUUAUAUAUGCAAACAUGAUAUUGAUGACCGUGUUUUAUGACUUAUUCUCACUUUCUCUCUCUGAAACACUAUGCUUUCUCAACUUUCUUAUAUAUAUAUAUACAGUACCAGUCAAAGUUUGGACACACCUACUCAUUCAAGGGUUUUUCUUUAUUUUUACUAUUUUCUACAUCGUAGAAUAAUAGUUAAGACAUGAAAUCUAUGAAAUCAUACAUAUGGAAUCAUGUGGUAGCCAAAAAAGUGUGGAUAUAUUUUAGAUGUUAGAUUCUUCAAAGUAGCCACCCUUUGCCUUGAUGACAGCUUUGCACACUCUUGGCAUUCUCUCAACCAACUUUAUGAGGAAUGCUUUUCCAACAGUCUUGAAGGAGUUCCCACAUAUGCUGAGCACUCGUUGGCUGCUUUUCCUUCACUCUGUGGUCCAACUCAUUCCAAUCUCAAUUAGGUUGAGGUCAGGUGAUUCUGGAGGCCGUGUCAUCUGAUGCAACACUCCAUCACUCUCCUUGGUCAAAUAGCACUUACACAGCUUGGAGGUAUGUUUUGGGUCAGUGUCCUGUUGAAAUACAAAUGAUAGUCCCCUAAGCGCAAACCAGAUGGGAUGACGUAUCACUGCACAAUUCUGUGGUAGCCAUGCUAGUUAAGUAUGCCCUGAAUUCUAAAUAAAUCACUGACAAUGUCACCAGCAAAGCACUCCCACACCAUCACACCUCCUCCUCCAUGCUUCACUGUGGGAACCACACAUGCGGAGAUCAUCCGUUCACCUACUCUACGUCUCACAAAGACGCGGCGAUUGAAAUGAAACAUCUCAAAUUUGGCCCCAUCAGACCAAAGAACAGAUUUCCACCGGGCUAAUGUCCAUUGCUCAUGUUUCUUGGCCCAAGCAAGUCUCUUCUUAUUGGUGUUCUUUGGUAGUGGUUUCUUUGCAGCAAGUUGACAAUGAAGGCCUGAUUUCACGCAGUCUCCACUAAACAGUUGAUGUUGAGAUGUGUCUGUUACUUGAAGCAUUAUUUUGGGCUGCAAUCUGAGCUGCAGUUAACUCUAAUGAGCGUAUCUUCUGCAGCAGAGGUACAUCUAGGUCUUCCUUUCCUGUGGUGGUCCUCUUAAGAGCCAGUUUCAUCAUAGCCCUUGAUGGUUUUUGCGACUGCACUUGAAGAAACUUUCAAAGUUCUUGUCUUAAAGUAAUCAUGGACUGUCAUUUCUCUUUGCUUAUUUGAGCUGUUCUUGCCAUAAUAUGGACUUGGUCUUUUACCAAAUAGGGCUAUCUUCCGUAUUCCACCCCUACCUUAUCACAACACAACUGAUUGGCUCACAACCAAAUUCCACAUAUUAACUUUUAACAAAGCACACCUGUUAAUUGAAAUCCUUUCUAAGUGAAUACCUCAUGAAGCUGGUUGAGAGAAUGCCAAGAGUGUGCAAAGCUGUCAUCAAGGCAAAGGGUGGCUACUUUGAAGAAUCUAAUAUCUAAAAUAUAUUUUAUUUGUUUAACACUUUUUUGGUUACUACAUGAUUCCAUAUGUGUUAUUUCAUAGUUUUGAUGUCUUCACUUUUAUUCUACAAUGCAGAAAAUAGUAAAAAUAAAGAAAAUCCCUGGAAUGAGUCGGCGUUUCCAAACUUUUCUACUUAUAUAUAUAUAUAUAUAUAUAUAUAUAUAGAUUAAUCUAUAUAUUUUUGGGUGUGGGUGAGUGAUUGAUUGACGCAUUGGCUAAGGUUGUGUCGUCGAUGCGUGGUUUGCGCCUUUACUUUGGUUAGUCAUUUGGGAGAAAAAGGAUGUUAUACAAGCUGAAUAUACAGUGCUGCUCUCUAAUAUAAGCCAUAUAGAGGGAAAGAAAUACAAAAAAAGCCAGUUUAAAGAAAUGUGGCUCGUAUUCAUUAGUAGCUAUUGAUUUCAUUGGGCUGUAGAUACACAAUUGAUAUAUCUAAUAUGUUUAUUUCUAUGGCUCAGAUAUGCUAUUGUACUUGUAUAAAGUAGAACCAACUCAUAUGCUUUCGAUCUCUUCAUUCCCCUGUCCAUGCAAGAACCAUGUGUAAGGUCACCCAAGGGUGUGCAACACAUUGGCUGCGUGGAUUAGGUGAGUUCACCCAUACAAUGUAAAGCACUUCAUUCCAAUCCCUUAUUAGGAACUAUUAAGGCGACCCUACAGAGACCUUAAAGGUUUUUAGGGAGCACCUGUUGACCACAUUUAAUGUCAUAUCACCUGCUCCAGGGUUCAAAAUGACCUACAUGUAUAUGAUAUUGUAAAGCAAGUGAAUGGACACUGAGGACCGCUUUCCCUGGACACAUUUUAUUAAAUUCAUGUUUAAUCCAGGACUAGUCUGAGCCUAAUCUGUGUGCCGGAAACUGGCCGAAGAGGCUAUAGCGAGAUCUUGGUGUAUGGUGAAGGUUGCCCUUAGACGCUGACCUUGGGUCAUUUCCCCCACUAAUGGUUAAGUUUAGGAUUGGGGAAGGGGGAAGCUGAGCCUAGAUCUGUACCUAGGGGUUACUUCUCUCCGGAGCCUAUAGUAUCUCCUUCUACACAUUGACUUCCUGGAAUGUUUCAAUUAUGUCAGCCUAUAGCUGUGGCCUCGAAGCUAAGACACUGACAUCAUCUGGGGAAAUUGUCAAAAAGAGGGUAAAUGGAUUGCGUGAGUCGAGGUAGACGUCGCUCUAUUGUACAUCCUGUCCUUCAGUCCCUGUACGCGAGAGUCACUUCUGCUCUGUGGCAUGACAUCAUCACUAUAGGCUACAGAGAGGGCUAUUUUGUGGUCUUCUUGCAGGACGUGGGGGAGAACAAGGACUCUGUCUUCCUACUGUUGAGGGAACGUAAUCAGAACAUUGUGUUCUUAGCAUACAUUAAACCUUGUCAUUGCUUUAAAACAUCAACAUUUGACGUCAGAUAGUGGACCACAGCCUACUCCAUCACUCUCCCCCUUAUUGACAGUCAUUCAUUAUUUUGUUAUGUCCCCUCCCAGCCACCAUAGCAAAUGUUCCGUUGAAUGACUGCAGAAAAAUGACUUUUUAAUGGAUUUUUAUCGAUAAGCUAUAUAAGUCGUAUAAAGUGAUAUUGUUUUGCAAAACACACUAAAUACCUAGUGUUAGGAAUUCACUUACAUAGGCGCCUGAUGAUUCGUUGAAUAUUUUUAGUUCAUACUGUUGAUUGACAAGUUCCUCUUUCUCGGGAUGUGUUUUAUUAAGGUGGUGAUAGGCUACGUGAUUCCUUUUACUCAGUACCACUCGUGUUCAUGUCAGUUUGGUGACGGUUUAUGGUGUGUUGCGAGGUUACGGUUGUUAGAUGACUUGUGCAUUUUGGGCGGUUUUGGUUUUUAAUUUCCUUUCCACAUGCAUGUCUCUGUGUGUACAUAAAGAGAGUUGAUUGUUUUCAGUUGAUGAGAUAUAGAUAUACAGUAUUGAUUUUCGGUAUGUAUGUAUAAGGCUCGGGUAUCAUGUAAGUGCCACAGGGCGGGAUGUUGUCACAAAUCUCCCCUUUAAAGAAGUACAGGGUAAGGAGAGGUCUCUCUCGCUCGUAUCUGGUUUGCACAGUUAUAGCUGCUCAAUAUUCAGUCAACCGGAGGGGAUAUUCCAAAACGCUUGAUGAAGAAAAGGCCUAAUGUGGCUUUAUGACCAUUGAUAUAAACUUUAGACUUUUCACCUAAUAAGCUGUUCAAUAGCAUUACCUAUGGUUAGGACAAGCAAACUCUGAAGUUUCUUUCUAUAGAUUUUUGAUCAGUAAUCCAAAUUAAGCAUUUCUUCCUUUUCAUUCAUCGACUUAGAAUGUCUCAAUUUUAGCUCUGGCAUUUUUAUCGAACUCCGAACUGGAACAUACAGGUAGCUGCCAAAAUAAAGGAAACACUUGAGCAGAUGAGGAAUGCAAAGUAUAUUGAAAGCAGGAGCUUCCACACAGGUGUGGUUCCUAAAUGAGUUAAGCAAUUAACAUCCCAUCGUGCUUAGGGUCAUGUAUAAAAAUGCCCAGUUACCCAUUAUUUUGGCUACCAUGGCUAGAAGAAAAGAUCUUAGUGACUUUGAAAGAGGGGGGUCUUUAAGGAGCAUAGGGUGUUUAAAGGGUGUGUGUGUGUCUCAGUCAUCAGAUCUCAACCCAAUUGAACACUUAUGGGAGAUUCUGGAGCGUCUCCUGAGACAGCAUUUUACACCACCAUCAACAGAAUUUCUCGUUGAAAAGUGGUGUCGCAUCACUCCAAUAGAGUUCCAGACACUGGUAGAACCUAUGCCAAGGACCCAUUGAAGCUGUUCUGGUGUCUCGUUGCAGCCCACCGCCCUAUUAAGACACUUUGUUGGCGUUUCCUUUAUUUUGUCAGUUACCUUUAGGAACCAUUUAUUAAAUGAAAUUCAACUAGAAAUGUUGAGUUUGAUACAGUAGGCUAUGUCUUGUCUUGUUUAUUUUUCUAUGUCAAACAGAGGGUGAAUGCCUACAUUACAGCCCAUGGUACACCAGCAUCAGCUAGCUUAACAGUCUCAUAUUUGAAGUUCUUAUGUAUUAAGGUUGUACAAAGCAAUUACCAUUACAAAUCCAGUUUGGAAAAUGAUUAGAAAUUGAACUCGCAAAUCUAUUUUUUUUUAUUUUUUUUUAAGAACAUUCUAUGAAUCGUUUCGAUCGAGUGAGAUUGCCUUUCAAUAAAUGUUUUGAAUGUGACAGGGAUUGAUACACAGUACCGUUGAUUUUGACGUGUAGAUUUUUAAUUUUGUUCUUCUUCAAACAUUUAAAAGGAGUGCCCACAAUGGAUGUACACAACAAUGAUCUACCUCUUUUAGCUACAGAUUAUGCUUUAGCAUUAAAGCAGUUGCCUCUGUUUUUACUUUUGUAAUAUGUGUUGGUAUUUAUUGCUGUCUAAUGAAACACUUUGAUUACCUCAAAGAUGUCUCAUCAUGCAGACUGGGAGACUAUACAGCUAAUGAAGUCAUUGGUAUUUUAAAUUUUUUUGUAAAGUAUUUUUCAACUAAAAGCAUUGCAUUUUUUUUAAGUAACGCACAAACACCCACCAGAGGUUGUGGUUUAAUUGUGCCUGCAUUCUGACCAAUGGGAUUCCAGGCUGGGUUUGGGUUAGCCGGGGUUGCGUUUCAUUCUAAUACGUGGUUUCCUCCCUUUUUUCUUAGUUCACUCGCAUAUCGCACGUCUGACACAACUGGGUAGCUGUAUGUAAGAAAUACCUCCACCUGGUUUCCGCCAUAUUCGGCUUUCAUUGAAGGACAGAAGGGAGGGAGCAACAUCCUGGAAUGAAACGCAGCCAGAGACUUAACUGUGACCUCUGUAUAGAGAGGUCAUGAGUCAUAUGGUUUCGUUUGGAGAGUUGGAGUGUCUGCUCCUCUUGGCACAGUUGGAAUGGUCUUUGCCCUCACUAGAUGUCUCUCACUCUGUCCCCUUUCCCCAAUCCAUCUCUUCUCUCUCCUUCCCUCCUUCUCUCAGCUCAUUUUCUCCGCUCUUAUGCCCCAACCCACCUUUUUAGAGUAGACUAUUCCAUAUAGAUCUUCAGAUUUUCAGGAAAGGGCAAAAGUUCUGAGAGGACAACCCUCAGUAUCCAUUUAAUGCUGCUUUUAUCAAGAACAUCACAGAUUGAUGGGAAUGUUGUUAUUCUUACUAACAUUGGCACGGUUGAGUAUCACCCAGCAGAAAUAUGCUAACCAGGAUAUAGGAGGCCACAGUGUCGUGUUGUGUAGUUUUUGUAAAGCUGAGUAGUUUAGGUUGGUCUGAAGCUUGGACAAGCUGGUUCUAGAAAAGGACACAUGGGGCAAGUUCCUAUUUGAACAAUGUGGACUUGAGGAAGUUGAUGCUCAUUUAUAAACUUUGAUUAAACCGCUUUAAUUGAUCAGUGUAAUAUUAAUCGCCAGCUACCAUUGCCGCGGGAAGUAGGGGUGCUGCAGCACCCCCUGAAAUAUCGGAAUUACAUUAUGAAAACUUUAUUUUUUUUUAACAAAGGUAGGCCUUUACAAGUGCUGUAUUAGUGGACCUAUAUAGCCGUCUGUAGCGCGGGCAAAAAAAAACUGUUCUGCCCAACAUUGCUCAGUUAGUACCAAUUAAAGAUGUUGAGUAACUGCUUUAAUAUCUUUGAGUACUGAUUUUGAGUACUUUUUGGCAAUGGUCCCAACUAUCUUUCCAAUUACCUGUCUCAAUUUUGACCGUUUGUUUUCAAACAGAACUUUAAAAAAGAAAAGACAAAAUGUGUCUAGAAAAAUCAGCCAGUUUGAUAAUCAGUCGUCAUGCUAGCUAUUGGAGGUACACUACCGUUCAAAAGUUUGGGUUCACUUAGAAAUGUCCUUGUUUUCCAUGAAAACAUACCAUGAAAUGAGUUGCAAAAUGAAUAGGAAAUAUGUUCAAGACGUUGACAUGUUUAUAAAUAAUGAUUUUUAAUGUAAAUAAUAAUUGUGUCCUUCAAACUUUGCUUUCGUCAAAGAAUCCUCCAUUUGCAGCAAUUACAGCCUUGCAGACCUUUGGUAUUCUAGUUGUCAAUUUGUUGAGGUAAUCUGAAGAGAUUUCACCCCAUGCUUCCUGAAGCACCUCCCACAAGUUGGAUUGGCUUGAUGGGCACUUCUUACGUACCAUACGGUCAAGCUGCUCCCACAACAGCUCAAUAGGGUUGAGAUCCGGUGACUGUGCUGGCCACUCCAUUAUAGACAGAAUUCUUCCCUAAAUUGUUCUUGCAUAGCUUGGAGCUGUGCUUUGGGACAUUGUCCUAUGACGAAAUUGGCUCCAAUUAAGCGCCGUCCACAGGGUAUAGCAUGGCAUUGCAAAAUGGAGUGAUAGCCUUCCUUCUUCAAGAUCCCUUUUACCCUGUACAAAUCUCCCACUUUACCACCGCCAAAGCACCCCCAGACCAUCACAUAGCCUCCACCAUGCUUGACAGAUGGCGUCAAGCACUCCUCCAGCAUCUUUUCAUUUUUUCUGAGUCUCACGAAUUGUCUUCUUUGUGAUCCGAACACCUCAAACUUAGAUUUGUCUGUCCAUAACACUUUUUUCCAAACUUCCUGUGUCCAGUGUCUGUGUUCUUUUGCCCAUCUUAAACUUUUAUUUUUAUUGGCCAGUCUGAGAUAUGGCUUUUUCUUUACAACUCUGCCUAAAAGGCCAGCAUCCCGGAGUCGCCUCUUCACUGUUGACGUUGAGACUGGUGUUUUGCGGGUACUAUUUAAUGAAGCUGCCAGUUGAGGACUUGUGAGGCGUCUGUUUCUCAAACUUUAAUGUACUUGUCCUCUUGCUCAGUUGUGCACCGGGCCCUCCCACUUCUCUUUCUAUUCUGGUUAGAGCCAGUUUGUGCUGUUCUGUGAAGGGAGUAGUACACAGCGUUGUACUAGAUCUUCAGUUUCUUGGCAAUUUCUCGCAUGGAAUAGCCUUCAUUUCUCAGAACAAGAAUAGACUGACAAGUUUCAAAAGAAAGUUAUUUGUUUCUGGCCAUUUUGAGCCUGUAAUCGAACCCACAAAUUCUGAUGCUCCAGAUACUCAACUAGUCUAAAGAAGGCCAGUUUUAUUGCUUCUUUAAUCAGCACCCCAGUUGUCAGCUGUGCUAACAUAACUGCAAAAGGGUUUUACAAUGAUCAAUUAGCCUUUUAAAAUUAUAAACUUGGAUUAGCUAUCACAACGUGUCAUUGGAACACAGGAGUGACGGUUGCUGAUAAUGGGCCUCUGUACUCCUAUAUAGAUAUUCCAAAAAAAAUCUGCCGUUUCCAGGUACAAUAGUCAUUUACAACAUUAACAAUGUCUACACUGUAUUUCUGAUCAAUUUGAUGUUAUUUUAAUAGACCAAAAAAAUAGCUUUUCUUUCAAAAACAAGGACAUUUCUAAGUGACCCCAAACUUUUGAACGGUAGUGUAUGUAGACCUUGCUACACAUGAAAUCGAUUGAAGCUAACUCAAAAGUAGCUCCUGCAUUCGCAAAGAAUUCCAAAGAAAAUGGGGAAUUGGCUCCCAUGUACUCCUCACUCGACACUUUGGAGUACAAUGCAGGGAGUAAAAGGAGUUCAGAAUUAGUAGCGAUUAGCUAUAGGUAUUGACACCAGCAGACACUGUGGCCCUUCUGGGCCUGAGUUGAGUGCCUAUAGGAACCUUUUGAAGAUUGGAGUGUUUCGUGAAGCAGGAUUAGAAAGUUAGCAAGCAAACUUUUCCAAGUAUCUUUUUCAAGUAUGUUAAAACAAUUUUUAAAAAUAUAUUGUUUCUCAAGAUGGCUUAUUUCAAAGAUUGGUCAAUACUACUUAAUAACCUAUUAUUCUAGCAACUACUUUAGCUGUCUUUAUUGGCAAGAAAAUGGAGUUGUUUAAGAAUUGUUUCUAAAAUGUUCGCUUGUUAAAUGAAUAAUCCUGUUUUUAAGACACUGCACCACAUCACGUUCGAUGGAACGACAGAAACAACAAAAGCACUUACAGUAUUGUUUGUAACACAAUGCGUACAUUUGUGUGAAUAUGCUAUCAAUUACUGCCUGUCGAUGUCAGCGUUAUAUGGCUGAAAUUAUCAAAGUAAUUUGUCUAAUUUCUUGCAAUGUAUGUUCUUUGUUUUUUUUUCUUUCUUUUUAAGAUGUUUUUUUUUUUCUCUAUUACAACAGACAUUAUAAAUGGGUGUUUAUGUAAUGUUAUUUUUGUCAGAUGUUUUGCAAAUCAAUUAAUAAACGACUGUGCAUAGUG